CCCGGCCCCCCCUACGAGCGCCGCCGGGCCCGAGCGCCGAGCGCCGGCUCCGACAUGUCCGGCAAGAUCGAGAAAGCAGAUUCUGAGCGUUCUCAUCUCUCCUCGUUCACCAUGAAGUUGAAGGGCAAGUUUCAUUCACCAAAAAUAAAGAGAACACCUUCAAAGAAAGGAAAACCAGCUGACCUGACAGUGAAAACACCGGAGAAGUCAGUGAACAAAAAUGUAUCCUGGCUGGAGGAGAAGGAGAAGGAGGUCGUCAGUGCGUUGCGCUACUUUAAGACUAUUGUGGAUAAAAUGGCAAUUGAUAACAAGGUGUUAGAGAUGCUGCCAGGCUCGGCCAGCAAAGUGCUGGAAGCCAUCCUGCCCUUGGUGCAAACUGAUCCUCGCAUCCAGCAAAGUUCUGCCAUCUCGUCCUGCUACAGCCGCGUGUACCAGAGCCUGGCCAACCUCAUCCGCUGGUCUGACCAGGUGAUGCUGGAGGGGGUGAACUCAGAAGACAAGGAGAUGGUGACAACAGUGAAGGACGUCAUAAAAGCUGUUCUGGAUGGAGUCAAGGAGCUGGUCAGACUCACGAUUGAAAAGCAGGAGCAUCCCUCUCCCACAAGCCCAGUUAAACCCAGUUUACCAGCAUGUAAAUCUGACAGCCCAUCAGAACUUCCCCUUACAGACCGAGAAAUGGAGAUCCUCAACAAAACAACCAAUAUGACCCAAUCCAACGAGCUGCUGACUGACUCCAUGGAUGAAGAAGUUGCACCUCCUAAACCCCCUCUGCCCAGCAUUCGUGUGGCAGAUAACAGCCCUCCACCAGCACUGCCCCCUAAAAAACGUCAGUCGGCACCUUCCCCGACCAGAGUGGCGGUUGUGGCCCCGAUGAGUCGAGCUACCAGUGGGUCCAGUUUACCUGUUGGAAUCAACAGACAGGAUUUUGAUGUUGACUGCUAUGCCCAGAGAAGAUUGUCAGGGGGAAGCCACUCCUAUGGGGGGGAAUCUCCUCGUCUCUCACCGUGCAGUAGCAUCGGCAAGCUCAGCAAGUCUGAUGAGCAGCUCUCGUCCCUGGACCGCGACAGCGGCCAGUGCUCCCGCAACACAAGCUGUGAAACCUUGGAUCAAUCAGAUCACUAUGAUCCAGACUAUGAAUUCCUGCAGCAGGACCUCUCCAAUGCUGAUCAGGUACCUCAGCAGGUGCCAGGUAUCCUCAGCCCAUUGCCAGAGUCCUUGGGUGAGUCUGGCUCCCCUUUCCAUGGACAUGCUUUCCAGCUCCCGCAGGGCAGCUCUCCUCCCCUGGAAUUCUGCAGCCUCUCGGGAGCAGCGCCGCCCACAGAGACUCCUCCAGCUUUGCCAGAAAAGAAGAGGAGAAGUGCAGCCUCCCAGACUUCUGAUAACUCAGGCUGCAGGGUGUCCUAUGAGAGACACCCUUCCCAGUACGACAACAUCUCCGAGGAUGACCUGCAGAACGCUGUGGUUGUCCCAUCAAUACCCUUCACGCCGUUUGCUGCUGUUUUGCCUUUCCAGCAAGGAAACUCUUCAGCACCAGUGGAAUUCAUUGCUGACUUUGCUGCUCCAGAUUCUAACAGUGACCCAGAAAAGCCACCACCUCUGCCAGAGAAGAAAAACAAACACAUGACGGCCUACAUGCAGUUUGUGGAGGACUACUCAGAGCCACAGCCGUCCAUGUUCUACCAGACCCCUCAGAACGAGCACAUCUACCAGAAGAAGAACAAGUACCUCAGGGAAGUCUAUGGGAUCAACGACUCCUUUAUCAGCUUAGACCCCGCUCAAGACCUGGCGCCUCCUCCUGCUCUCCCACCGAAACAGAGACAGCUGCAGGCCUCCUAUGCUGCCUCUUCUUUCUCUUCUGUCUCCUACUGUGUCCAGCAAACUAAAGUGCCCUUCACCCCCGAGGACUCCGGUGCCACUCAGGGCCUCACUAUGUCAGUCUCUAACUCCUUUCUCAGCCGGCACAGCUCCUUUCCUGUGCACUCGUACAAAUCCGUGUUUAGGUCCUACUCCCAGGACUUUGUGCCUCACAACCAAGUCUCCAUACCUCCUUUCCUGUCUUCUACCUCCUCCUCCUGCUCCACCCCGCCUUUUCCGCCCGUCCAUCCAUCUCCGAGCCCCGACCUGGCGGUGCCCGCCGCAGCCAGCCAGUCACCCAGCACUGUGGAUGUGCCAAACUCCUCUUCUCAGGAGAGCAGCUUUAACGGGAAUGCUCCUGUCUGCCUUCCUUCUGAAACCUCUUUCACUGAUUCUCUCCAGACGCCUUCGAGUGAAAACGCCAGUGAGGAGGCUGGUGAGGGUGAAUAUGUCAAUCUGUAUUCCUCUGGCCAGAGCAACGGGGAACUCCCUCGCUCUGAAGGAGAAUCUCCCUCUGUCAAAGACUCCAAAGACUCCUCUGUGAACAGCAGUGCCAUGGGGAAGGAGGGCAAAGAUGGUGCUGACAGGCAGCCACAGUCACCAGAUACUUUGGAAUCAUCACAGCUGGAGGAAGAGGUAGAUGAGCUGUCCCUUAUUGACCACAGUGAAAUCAUGGCUAGAUUAACACUGAAGCAAGAGGGGGACGAUGGGCCAGAUGUCCGUGGUGGAUCCGGAGACAUCCUGUUAGUGCACGCGACGGAGACUGACAGGAAAGAUCUGGUGCUGUACUGUGAAGCCUUUCUGACUACAUACAGGACAUUUAUUACCCCUGAAGAGCUCAUCAAGAAGCUGCAGUACAGAUAUGAGAAGUUUUGCCACUUCCCGGACACGUUUAAGAAGCGAGUCAGUAAGAACACCUUCUUCGUGCUGGUGCGAGUGGUGGAUGAGCUGUGCUUAGUGGAGUUGACAGAGGAAAUUCUCAAGCUGCUGAUGGACCUGGUCUUCCGGCUGGUCUGCAAUGGGGAGCUGAGCCUUGCCAGGGUGUUACGCAAGAAUAUCCUUGAUAAAGUGGACCAGAAGAAAAUGCUGAGCUACGCCAACUCCAUCAAACCUCUUGCAGCCCGAGGGGUGGCAGCCAGGCCAGGGACGCUGCAUGAUUUCCACAGUCAUGAAAUAGCCGAGCAGCUGACCCUCCUGGAUGCUGAACUCUUCUAUAAAAUCGAGAUCCCAGAAGUUUUGCUUUGGGCAAAGGAACAAAAUGAAGAGAAGAGCCCCAACCUGACACAGUUCACAGAGCACUUUAAUAACAUGUCCUACUGGGUCCGUUCAAUAAUUAUGCUACAAGAGAAAGCCCAGGACCGAGAGAGGCUGCUCCUUAAAUUUAUAAAGAUUAUGAAGCACUUACGAAAGCUGAAUAAUUUUAAUUCCUAUCUGGCCAUUCUUUCUGCACUGGAUUCUGCCCCCAUCAGAAGGCUGGAGUGGCAGAAGCAAACCUCAGAGGGCCUGGCUGAGUACUGCACCCUGAUCGACAGCUCCUCGUCCUUCCGUGCCUACCGAGCGGCUCUGGCCGAUGUGGAGCCCCCCUGCAUCCCGUACCUAGGCUUGAUUCUGCAGGAUCUGACCUUUGUUCAUCUGGGAAACCCCGAUUACAUUGACAGCAAAGUGAACUUUUCCAAGCGUUGGCAGCAGUUCAACAUCCUGGACAGCAUGAGGUGCUUCCAGCAAGUACAUUACGACAUCAAAAGAAAUGACGACAUAGUGUCAUUCUUCAACGACUUCAGCGACCACCUGGCUGAGGAGGCCCUGUGGGAACUGUCCCUCAAAAUCAAACCUCGCAACAUUACGAGGCGGAAAACAGAUCGAGAAGAGAAGACCUAGGAGGAGGGGUGGUGCGAGCGAGGAGAAUUGCUCCGCAGAGGCGCCGAGGGCAGCUAUGAGACUGGAGUUCAAUGUUUGUACCUGUCACUGGAUGACACACCCUCCCUCCCAGCUGGCAGCCAUCCCUGGGGGUGGGAAUGCCGGGCGCUCGCAGCCAGCCGGAGGUGACCGCGCGCGGCCGCCGCCGAGGGCAGAGAUCGGCCGGUGCUCGCUGCACCCGCCCUCCUUCUCCUCCCGUCCCUCUGUGCCAUGAACCAGCUUUAAACCCGGGGAGAGAGCUGUGUGGAAGGAGAGUCCUGCGCCAGCGUGUUGGUUUGCUGGCCCGUUCCAUCCGGGAAUAGCCCGGCUUCUGUUUCCAUCCACAAAGGAAGGUCAGCGAGAGCUCAGCGCCGACAGACUGUCUCUGGAGUGGCGUCGGGCAGGAGCAGCCGUGGAAGCCAAGGGUUUGAGACUCCCCUGCAAUGCCACCUCCGAACGUGUUCAUCCAUAGGAGAUGAGGAUGGAAGUGUUCCUGCUGCCUGCCAGAGGAGCUCUGCUUUCAGAGAGCUGCUUGUGUUUACAGGGGUCUUGGUUCGCCCCAGAUCUCUGGCGCCUUCUCCGUGGGAGGAAGGCACCGGUCGUAGAUACGGAAGAGGCACUGAAAACGUGGGCAGGGACCCGCCAUCUCCAGUCAUCACAUCCCCCUCCUCCUCUCAGAUCUCGUUAUUUAAGCAACGGUAAAUCCCUCUGGACCUGGAAACUCGGACUACCCAGGUACUGCGGGUCACUGUCCGUGGCCCCGUGUCUCUUAGCGAUGGUACUUAGCUUUUGCACAGGAAAUGCUGUAGUAUAUGGACUGUACAUACUAGUGUUUAGAAUCCUUUGGGGAUUUUUGAUGCAUGUCUGAAUACCGAUGAAUUUAUAGGAAAAAAAAAAAAAAA